GGGGGCUAUGAAUCCGGGCGUUCUACAAAAACAAAGCAAGAAUGGAUUCGGUUCAAUGCCAGCAAGAGAAUAACUUUGAAAGUGCACAAUGACAUCUAGCAAGUUUGGAAAAAGUUUAGUAGCCUGUCUGUUAAAUGUUUCCGAGGCCAGGAAUAAAGAUAACAUAGAGAGGAUUGCCCGAGCUGCUUUAUUUAAUAUUCGUGGUCAGAAACAUCCAGACACAGCUGUGCUCAACGUGUUUUCCAACUAUGACUACAACCGGUCAGUUCUUACCAUCGUCUCUACAAGUGAAUGGAUAGGUAAGUCUGUUGUGUCUUCCUGUGUGGAAGGCUUUACAUGUAUCGACCAUUCCCGACAUGAAGGUGUACACCCCUGUCUUGGUGGCAUUGACUUGGUGCCCAUCUAUCCCUUAUCGGGAGUGACACUGGAACAGUGUGGUGAAAUUGCAAGAGGUAUUGCUGAGGAGCUGGUCACACAAGUUCCUGGGUGCAGUAUGUUUCUUUUUGGAUAUGCUGACAUAGCAGAGAUGAGAAGUUUAGCAGAUAAAAGGAGAUCUCUGGGUUGGUUUAGAAAAAACUGUAAUGUGGAUGAAAUUAAAGCUGAUGUUGGAAUGAAACCCUGUGGAAAAUAUGGAAUAACAGGUGUUGGUGCCAGCCCUUAUGUGAUGAACUGCAACAUCACUCUUGACACACAGGACUUGACCUCAGGAAAAGCAAUAGCAACUGCCAUUCGUGAACGAACAGGAGGGCUAAAAGGAGUGCAAGCAAUGGCCUUCCCGAAUAAGGGUCAGGUAGAAAUAGCUUGUAAUGUUGAGAGCUUCAGAGACAUUCCAGAGAACAUCUCUGCAGCCGAUGUAGAUAAAUAUGUCUCAUACCAUAUCUGUGGAGAUACCUUUUCUUAUAUAUCCCUUCAUCACAUUGAAGCUAAAGUUCAAAACCUGGCAGCUUGUAAAGGCAUCAAGACAACGGGAACUGCUCUUGUUGGGUUUACACCCCAGGAGUGCAGAGUCACAGCAGAAUAUGCCAUAUCACAUGGAAUAGGUGAAUUCUGGAAAAGAAGACAAGGAGUUUUCAUGUAAGAAAAAGUUUAGUAAUAAAGUUUGGCAUACAGCUU